AUGUCCUCGCAAAGGCUCGCAAAGUUUGCUCUAGUCAAGUCAUGUCGAAAUAGCACUGCUCUUACUAUCGAUUCCUGGGGAUCUUUUCUCCUUUCCGCGGUGGCAUCUGACAGUAAUCGAGCGAGUGGGCGCGAGCUUCAGAUGUGCCCCAGGGAUACCAGCCCGCGAGCCUUCUCGCGACCAUGGCUUCCAUGA